AACCUUCAAAGCCUAUUCAUGGCCGAGAAAUCUGUUUCUGUUCUUUUCAUUGCCAUUCUGUUCUUCACUUUAGCAGAUGGCACUCUGUCUAUGUACCUCAAUUCUAGCGCUUGCAUUACACAGAGUUGUGGUAAUGGGGUGAAGAUAUCAUACCCCUUUUGGAUUCCUGAUAAACAACCAUCCCACUGUGGCUUACCAGCUUUUAAUGUCACCUGCAACAAACUAAAACCAUCUCUUCAUAUUUCUGGGGAGGAAUUUAUUAUUAAAGAAGUAUUUUAUACAAACCAUUCGAUUCUGCUAGCCAAAGCAGAUGUGAUUGAUGAAGACAACAGAUGUCCAGUACCAAGACAUAAUUUUAGCAUCAGGGGUACUCCAUUUUCCUCGGGGCCUAACACUAAAGAUCUCUUCUUCUUCUAUGACUGCACUCAACGUUAUGCAAGAGAGACAUAUGCUUUGGAUUGUGCCAGCAAUACCAGCCAAUAUUCUUUUGCGGUUUAUAAAGCUGAUCUUCUGAAGUACUAUAACUAUUCAGUCGAAUCGUGUCAGGAUCCUGUUAAUGCCCUUGUUGAGGUUGAUUCUCUAGAUAGAUUGCUAAAAAUGAAUUACAGACAAGUUCUGCUAGGGGGAUUCUUUCUGCAGUGGGAUGGGACUAAUUGUAGAGAUUGCCAGAAUAGUGGAGGGCACUGUGGUGCUCAAAGUAAUGAGUUUAUGUGCAUUUGCAAAGACCAAACCCAGCCCAAAACAUGCCUUCAUGGAAGUAAAAGAAUCGGAUUGAAGGUUGCAAUAGCAUUAUCUGCGGUUGGAGCUGCAUUAGCGGUAACCUGCUGCUUGAUGUGCUGCUUACGAAUUAGGAAAACAAAGAAGACGUCAACAAGAAAACACAAUGUUGAAGUCUUGCUGAGGCAGUAUGGAUCCCUAGCCCCAACGGCAUAUAGCUAUUCAGACAUUAAGAAAAUGACAAAUUCCUUUAAAGAGAAACUUGGAGAAGGGGGUUAUGGAGGGGUCUACAAAGGUAACCUUAAUGGUCAUCCUGUUGCUGUGAAGAUCUUAAAAGAGACGAAGGGGAAUGGAGAAGAGUUCAUUAACGAAGUUGCAAGCAUCGGUCAAACUUCUCAUGUCAACGUUGUUAAUCUGUUGGGAUUUUGUUUGAAUAGUCGGGAAAAAGCUCUUAUUUAUGAGUUCAUGCCAAAUGGAUCUCUUGAUAAACACAUAUACAAUGAAGAUUCUAACAUGGAAUGGGAGAUGUUGUACAAAAUUGCACUCGGGGUAGCUCGAGGAUUGGAAUAUUUGCAUAGAGGGUGCAACUCCCGAAUUUUGCAUUUUGACAUAAAACCUCACAACAUUCUCCUGGACGAGGACUUUUGUCCCAAGAUAUCUGAUUUCGGUUUAGCAAAAUUUUGUACUCGAAAAGAGAGCAUAAUGUCUACAAUGGAAGCUCGAGGAACCAUCGGUUACAUAGCUCCAGAGGUGUUUAGUAGAAAUUUUGGAGGAGUGUCACACAAAUCUGAUGUUUACAGCUAUGGAAUGAUGGUUCUCGAAAUGGUUGGAGGAAGAAAGAACUACAAUGAUGAAAGAAGCCAUAACAGUGAGAUAUACUUUCCACGUUGGGCUUAUCAACGAAUUUUGCUGGAUGAAGACCUAAAUAUAAGAGAUAUGAUGACCAAUGAAGAAGAAGAGAUUGCGAAGAAAAUGAUAUUAGUUGGUUUGUGGUGCAUCCAAACAGACCCCUUGCAAAGGCCAGCCAUUGAUAAGGUAAUUGAAAUGUUAGAAAGCAGCUUGGAGACCUUGCAAAUCCCACCAAAACCUUUCAUAGGUUCUCCAUCACGAUCAGAAGGAUCGCCAUUGAACACUUUGGAGCAACCAGCAAAGCCAUUCAGAUUUUCUACUUUGAGUACGACGCUCGAGUCUACAGCCUCAACAAUUGUAUAAUUUGCUGAAGAAGUUUUUAGACAAUAUUUUUGUACAACAUUGGAAUAUAACAAUCAAAUAUUCAUGAAAGUUAUAAAUACGUGGCCACUUCCACUUAAAGGUGAAAAC